AGCAAGAUCGAACGUUUUGUUUGUUGUUUCCGACUUCAGUUUUGGUUUUGUGUUUUCGUCAAAAAGUUGUAUCUGAUACUGAUUCUAUUUCUACAUUACCGGAAGACCGCAGCCUUCCACUGCUUUGCCCACAAUGGUGGAGCACAUCAAGAAGUCCCUGAAGCUGUUUCGCAAAGCCGAAGCACCGCCUAUUUCUUUCGCCCAGAAGAACGCCGUCUCCACCGCCGGAUUUGAAAUUUUGGAAUCUGAACUCUGUUACCACGUUUUGGGCAUUGACGAAACGAACGACAUUUUGAACAAAAUCCUACAAAUCACAAACUGUGCAGGAACUUCGAUAAAGAACAGUGGAAGUAGUACGAGCAGCUUCCUCGUUAUUCGCAGAAAGAAACCCAUCGUCCCCAUCCAUUUUAUGCAUGACAAAGACUGGAUUUUAUGCGUGUUAUGCAUGACAAAUUGGAUGGCGACGGGUGUUUUUUCCUGGAUACUCGUCGAAGUUGGGCCGCGGCAACAAUUCACCUCCGCGCAGAGCACGCACUCGGUGAGCAUUGCGAAGGGGUGCGGGCUAGCAGAUGUGGAGCGGAUCGAAGUGACGAAACGGUUUCUGGUGAAGGCACCAGAGACCUCAAGCGCUGGCGAUGGUGCUGCAGCGAAGAAAUUUUUCGAGUCCUUGGUCCACGACCGCAUGACAGAAUGUGUGUACGAGUUUGAGGACAAAGAUGCUGCUGCUACGCUGUUCUCCAGCUCGUCUUCUGAAGCGACGACCGACUCUGACACCACAACCCCCUCCACAUCUUCCUCCGGUGUCAAAUCCAUCCGGGUCCUCUCCGCGGGUACAAAGGAUGCCGGGAUCGCCGUUUUGAAAGCUUUCUCCGAGGAACAGUCCCUUGGUUUUGACGAGAACGACCUCUCCUACUACUACAGCUUGUACACCGAGAAUCUGAAACGGGACCCGACCGACAUCGAGCUCUUCGACCUGGCGCAGGGGAAUUCGGAGCACAGUCGACAUUGGUUUUUCGGCGGGAAAAUGAUGAUUGACGGUAUUGAGAAGGAGAAAACUUUGUUCCAAAUCGUGAAAAACGCGUACAAAUUGAAGCAAAAAAACGAGGAACUCGAUUGCUCCACCAUCGCGUUCGAAGACAACAGUUCCGCGCAGCGGGGUGCGAAGGUGAAAAUCCCCCUGCCGCUGGGAGGAAACGGGAUGAUCUCCGCUCCGUACAUAUGCAAUACAAAUUUCCUGUACUCUUUCAAAUUGCAUGACAACUUGGCUAACUUAGAGUUCGCUGUCUGUCAUGCUGAGUAGGAUUGAAGGCAAAUUUUGUCAUGCGGAGACCGCAUUGAUUUCGAUUUGUGUGGUGCGUACGGGAAAUUUGCUUUGGAUACUACAAAUUGACCGAACAGGAUUUAGACAUCACCCUCACCGCGGAGACGCACAACUUCCCCUGCGGGAUCGCCCCUCUUCCCGGUGCGGAAACGGGGUCAGGCGGGCGGAUCCGGGACAACCACUCGACGGGCUGCGGCGCGUACGUGCAAGCGGGGAUUGCGGGGUACUGUGUGGGGAAUUUAGAUCUCCCGAAGACGGAGAAUUACGCCGGUUGUGUGUGGGAAAAGGAAGUGUUGGAAAAGUGUAGCGAAUUGUCAAUCUCCGAUAAAACGUCGAAAAACGAGCCGCUUUACCCGGAAAACAUGGCGAAACCGCUGGACAUUUUGGUCUCCGCCUCGAAUGGCGCAUCGGACUACGGGAACAAGUUCGGCGAACCACUGGUUGCGGGGUUUACCAGGAGUUACGGAUCGAUCGUCGAAAGUCCUGCUUCAGAAGAAGAUGUUGGGGGAAAUAAACCCACAACCGAGCGCGUCGAGUGGAUCAAACCGAUUAUGUUUUCCGGCGGUUUGGGCCGGAUGCUCCACCGGCACGUGAAAAAACACGAGCCAGCACCGGGGAACCUGAUCAUCAAAAUCGGCGGCCCGGCGUACCGGAUCGGGGUUGGCGGUGGCGCGGCCAGCUCCAUGGUGGCGGGCGACAACAAAGCCGAGCUGGAUUUCAACGCGGUGCAACGAGCUGACGCAGAGAUGGCGCGGAAGUGCGAGUGUGUGAUCCGGGCGUGCUUGGAAUUGGGGGAGAAAAAUCCGAUUUUGUCCAUCCACGACCAGGGCGCGGGGGGAUCUGGGAACGUUUUGAAGGAAAUCGCGUACCCAGCUGGGGCGAAGAUCCAGUUGGACAAAAUGUUGAUCGGCGACAACACCAUGACGGCGUUGGAGCUGUGGGUCGCGGAAUUCCAGGAGAACGACGCGUUGUUGAUAGACAGCAAAAAUCUGGAUUUGUUUGAAAAGAUCUGUAAACGGGAGCAAUUGUCCUUCUCUUGUGUCGGGGAAAUCACGGGGGAUGGAAAAAUCGUGGUCCACUACGGGGAGGAGAAAAUCGUGGAUUUACCAUUAGAAGCGGUUUUGGGGAAGAUGCCGCAGAAAACUUUUGUCUCCGACCGGAUCAAACCGCGAUUCCCCUACCCGAUCGACAGUCUGCAACCCCCGCUCCCCUUCUGCGGCACGCCGCCGACGGAUGUGCCAGCGAAGUCCCUGGCGGCGGAGUUGGCGGAGAAGGAUUCAUCUGGUGAAAACAUCACGGUCAAACCCUCCCCAACCGCUUCCGUCGGAGCGGCGUUGGAUCGCAUUUUACGCUUGAUUUCCGUCGGGUCGAAGAGGUUCUUAACCAACAAAGUCGACCGCUCCGUCACCGGCUUAGUCGCGCAACAGCAAUGCGUUGGACCCCUGCACACACUAUGGCGUUCUCAAAUGUUACAUUCUCAACUGUUACACGAUUUUUUGUCAUGCAAAAUUACACUCAGAAUUGACACGAUCAAGCUGCUUUGCAUGACAUCAAAUUCUCGAAGAGCCAAACAGGCUGAGAAUCUGGGCCGAAUCUGUCAUGCAAGACGCGCAAGGUCACCCCUUUCACUUUUGCCAUUCUUGCAUCACAAAUUUAUGUAAUAGUUGAGAAUUAUGUAACAGUUGAGAACGCCAUACACACCUCUCGCGGAUUGUGCGGUCGUGGCGCAUUCCCCGUUAACGACGGACGGCGCUGCGGUUUCGAUCGGGGAGCAGCCGCUAAAAGGUCUUUCCGGGACCAUUUCCGACCUCCAGAAGCAGGCGAAACUCACUGUUGCGGAGGCAGUUUUGAAUCUCAUCGGCGUACAGAUUGAAGGUGGGUUAGACAACGUCCGCGCAAGUGGGAAUUGGAUGUGGCCGGCGAAGUUUCCCGGCGAAGGGGCGCGAAUGUACGACGUGUGUGAGGCCCUGUGCAGCUCUAUCGAGUACCUGGGCCUCGCAAUCGACGGCGGGAAGGACUCGUUAUCCAUGGCGACGCGAACGAAAACCAACGGCGUCGUGAAGUGCCCGGGGGAGGUGGUCUUAACCUGCUACGCGAAGGUGCCGGACGUGCGGAGAAAGAUUACGCCGGAGUUCAAGAAGGCGGGGUCACGGAUUCUCUUUGUGGAUCUCGGGAUGGAGAGAAUCGAUUCCAGUUCCCCUUUGGUGAAGGGGGAAAUGAAGUGGAAGUUGGCCGGGACGGCGCUCGCGCAGGUCUACGACUGGAACGUUUGCGGGGCGUGCGAUGUGGAUUUGGAGAAGUUGAAGAAGGUUUUUGAAAUUUUCCAGACGGACAAGGUGUUUGACAAAAUUCUUUCCGUCCACGACAUUUCCGACGGUGGGUUUUUGACCUGUUUGCUGGAGAUGUGUUUCGCGGGGAACUUCGGGGCGGACGUGAGUGUGAAUUGCUCAGAAUCGGAGGUAAGAUUUGGAAUUGAAGAUGCGGGUGCAUGAUUUCUCUUGCAGUGUUGUGUAGUAAGCAUGCUUGAAGUCAGAAUGCUCGUUGAAAUGCAAAAAUAUAAAUAGAUACAUCAAAUUCAUCGUCAUCUCAUCAGGCCCUCGGUUUCCUGUUUUCCGAAGCACCCGGUCUACUCCUCGAAGUUGACGACGAAGACGCGUUUGAAGUCAUUGACGCAUUGAACGCCGUCACGGUUGGAAGAACAUUAGAGGACGACGUGAUCAUCGUUAAAACGACGCGCGAACAGGAGCUGCUCCCCGCAACCUCCAUGCGCCAACUCCGCGACACCUGGGAGUCCACUUCGUUCGAGUUGGAGAAGCAGCAGUGCGAGAAAACCUGUGUGGAAGAGGAAAGGAUGGGAUUGCUGACGAGAACCGGACCGAAGUUCAAAAUUGAUAACUUUGAGAAGUUGGAUUUCGACUUUUUGAAGAAAUCAACCGACGAAUCGCCGAAAAUCCCCGUCGCUGUUCUGCGCGAAGAAGGUUCCAACGGGGAACGGGAGAUGUCCUGGGCUUUAUCCGCAGUCGGUUUUGAGCCGUGGGACGUCACCAUGUCUGAUCUGCAAUCCGGAAAGAUUCAACUGAACCGGUUUCAGGGUGUGAUUUUCGUCGGCGGUUUUUCUUUCGCGGACACGCUCGGUUCCGCUACCGGCUGGGCGAUGAAAAUCAACUGUGAUGAAGCGUUGAAGAAGCAGUUUGAUUUGUUCAAAUCCAGACCCGACACGUUUUCCCUGGGAAUUUGCAACGGGUGCCAACUCAUGAGCCAACUGGAUUGGCUCGGGCAGGGGGUAAAACUGAAGCACAACAAAUCCGGCCGGUUCGAGUCCCGGUUUUGCUCGGUGAAAUGCUCUUUCCAAGAAGACGCACCGGAGGAAACAACGAAGACGAACUCUGUUUGGUUAGACGGGCUGACUGAUUCGGUUUUAGGAGUUUGGAUUUCCCACGGGGAAGGGCAGUUUGAGAUUGAACAGGAGGGCAACGCUGUUGGUGAGAAGUGCAAGCCGUGUUUCUCCUAUGUGGACGACGAGGGGAAGCCGACGGAGACGUACCCGAUGAACCCGAAUGGGUCGAAAAACGGGGUUGCUGGUGUUCUCUCUUCCGACGGCCGGCAUUUGGCCUUCAUGCCGCACCCGGAGAGGAGCUUCAUCUCCUGGCAGGUUCCGAUCAACAACUGUGGCGGCAUGCCGACCAUCGCGUCCGAGGUGAAUGAAAACGUGAGCUACACACCGUGGGUGAAGUUGUUCCGGAACGCUUACGAGUGGGCUUUGAAAACGAGGAAAGCGGAGGCUGGUUGUGAGAAAAAAUCGCUGCUGCAGAUCAUCUCGGAUUCGGAGAUCCCAUCUCCGACGAAAAAGGCCGGUUUGAUUGCCACCAGUCCGGAGUCGGAGAACGGUGCGAUUGCGACUGGAAGACUAGCAACCACAACUUCGAUCAAGCGAUUCUACGAGAAAGCGGACGAAAUUUCUGACGUAGAUGCGCAAGUUGCAGUUGCGGCACCUCCGAUCCUCCGCAUGGCUGUCCUCCUCUCCGGUUCUGGUACUACCUUGCAAAACAUUUUGGACAAAAUCGAAGACAAAACCCUUCCCUCCUGCUCCGUUUCCGUCGUCAUCGCUUCGCGGAAAGACGCGAAGGGAAUUCAACGGGCGGAGAAAGCUGGGAUUCCGGUCCAUGUUGUGGAGAGCAGGAAGUACAAAGGAAAUGCUACAGAUGAGGAUAAAUGGGAAAAAAUGUCGCAAGACGUGAUCGAAAUCCUCAAUUCCAACUACCAAGUCGACUUGAUCGUCCUCGCCGGCUACAUGUGCAAAUUCCUCAUUCCCGAACAACUUCAGAACAAAGUGAUCAACGUGCACCCGAGUUUGCUCCCCGAGUUCGGCGGGAAGGGCAUGUACGGCGAUCACGUGCACCAAGCCGUUUUGGACAAUAAAAGAACCGAAUCCGGCUGCACGGUGCAUUUUGUCACGAACGGGGGGUAUGACGAGGGGCCGGUGAUUCUGCAAAAAAUCGCUUCGGGGAUCGAUCCGGAGAAGGAUACUUGUGUCACAGUCCGGGACAAAGUCCAAGCAUUGGAGCGGAAAGCCUUGAUCCAGGUGAUUAAGUGCUGUUCGGACCUCGGUGUGGAAACGGUGGCUAGUAUCGUCGCGGGGGAGCAGGGAAUAGCUUCCAAAUCUUCUUCCAAACAGCCCGCUUCCUCCAUCUCCACGAAGGAACCCACCACCGAUUCUGAAGCGGCUCCUUAUCAAAUCGGGAAAUCCACAACGGAAAUCGCGGACGACCGGCCCAAACACGAGUAUCCUGUGCAAAAGUAUCGUACUCGUAUUGCAAUCAUGCGUUACAAAUCUUUUUCUUGAGGCAGAUCAGCAUUACAAAUUUUAUUUCUCAUGCUGAGGAAAUGGAAAUCAAAUGCAUUUAUACGAGUGCGAUACUUUUGCAGUUCAUAACGAGUGCGGGAUCGCGAUGAUCAAACUACGGAAGCCGCAGGAGUACUACCAGAAAAAGUACGGCAUCGACAGCAAGGUCGGGGUGGAUUUGAUGUAUGUCAUGCUCGAGAAGCAACGGAACCGGGGACAGGACGGCGCGGGGAUUGCCUGUGUGAGAACCGACGCGGAUCCGGGGGAACCAUACGUCGAUGUGUGCAAAUCCUGCGACAAAAACGCGAUUGAACAUCUGUUCGAAACCACGGUGCCGGAGUCGCAGAAGUCAUUCGUAGGUGAGUUGUAUUUGGGACACGUGCGGUACGGGACUUUCGGUUCUCACUCCAUUGACCAACUACACCCCUUUUUGCGCGAAUCCAAUUGGCGGAGCAAAUGCGCGCUACUGGCCGGGAACUUCAAUUUGACGAAUUCCGACUACUUGUUCGACCGUUUGGUCGAGUCCGGCCAGCACCCACGGGCGAAAUCCGACACGGUGACCUGCCUGGAGAUCAUCGGACAGGAGCUGGACGCGGAGCACAACAGAAGGUACGUGAACUUUAGCUCGCAGGGACAUGUCGCGAAGAAGUGUCAGGAGCUGGUGGAGGAGAAUUUGGACUUAGGGUUCGUCUUACAGGAAGCAGCGAAGGACUGGGAUGGCGGGUUUGCGAUGGUCGGGACGCUUGGGACGGGAGAUGCGUUCGCAAUUCGGGAUAGGCACGGGAUCCUAUCCAGGAAAAAACAAGCAUCCUCGUGCAUUUUAGGCAUGACAAACACAGGACUUCAUACAUGUGGCGCAUGACAAAUUGGAUGGGGAUGGUCAGUUCCUUGUGGAUAGAUCCGGCCGUGUUUCUACUGGAUGGACGAGGAAUUCAUCGUGGUGGCGAGCGAACGAGGGGUCAUUGCGAGCGCUUUUCAGGUAGAUUAGAGUGCAGCUUCUGCUACUUAUGCUAAACAUCAACAUGACAACUGGUCGCGCUGAGUAGCUGCAUGACAGACCUUUGUUUUUCCAGGUCUCACUUCUUGAUGUUGAAAGUCAAACUCGAUCACGCUCUGAUCAACAUUGUGCGAUUACUUUCCUCCGCAUGACAACAUCAGGUGAAAGACCAUGCGGAAAUCCACGAGCUAACCCCCGGGCACGCGCUUCUUAUGCACUGCCACGCCCGUGAUCCCGCCAUCUUUAAAAAUGUCUCAGAAAUGGCCUCGGGAAUGUAAGGCGGAGGCAAUUCCCACAACGCCGGCGCCCCUCAUUGUGGUUGCAGGGAAGAGGGGCACACAAGGCGUCGAGCCGGGCCAUCGCAAAGCAGCUUCCUCGAGACGCGGCGCCCGCUGCCGUAUUUGGCGCAUUUUUGUGGCGCGCAAUGCGGGCCGCGGCUGGCGUUGACGUUCGGGCGCCGCCCGUUUGCCCCUUAUCCCUUUGCCGGCCUCCCCUUGCAUAUAUGGACGCGAAGUGCCGCAGCGCCACACUUGUGUCGGGCCUAUCUGUGCCCGCUUUCGUUUUGUCGCAGGCGCGCCGGCGUCUUGUCCGCAGCCCGGUUCGAAGCAUUGCAGGCGCCCCGUCUGCCCCUGCAUUUCCGCCGCCCCGGCGGUUCAGUGCCUGCUCUGACAGGUUGGGACCUUCAGCGGGGCUGCCUCUGUAAGAAGGCAGUGUGCUGGCCUUGCCGCUGUUCCUUUCUUUGUUUCUGUGGCAGCCAGGCACGGGCCCGGCCUUGCUUUCUGCGCGGCGGACUGCUAUUCUGGCCCUCCUCCCUUGUGGGCGGCAGGCACGGCCGGCCUCACCCGGGAGGGCAAGCAACCAACUGCCGGCCUCCCAUUGGUUGGCCGCCUGCCGGCGCCGCUUGGCCACAGCCGGGCGCCUCGUCAGCCCAUUGUCGUGGCGCAUUGCUUUCGCACGCGCAGGCGCGCCCCUUGGCGCGAGGGGGAUGCUGCCCUGCUUCUCUAGAUCACAGACAGGGCCACCGUGUCACGCGCGUGACACGGGCGGACCCGGCUUCGUUUUUUCUCGUCUCUUGCUGGUCUUGGGUGGUUUGGUGGCAAGCAGAAUUGCUUCAGUCAGUUUCCCUUCGCUUCUACCGCCAAAGCCCAGGGGACUGCCACGUGUGUGCGUCUAUGAUUGGCAUCCAAGGCAGUCUUGGACCUGGGGCGAGGGCCUGCCUCAGCCCGCGAGCCCUUCCUGGCUUCUGCCAGCCGGACCGGCCGCCGGCCGACAACCAGGCAGGCGCCCCCGCGCGGGCCGUGUUGGCCUUGCUUGGAUGCAAGUGCCGGCGAAGGCGUUGCAGCGGCUUCUAGGCAAAGCCGAAACGUAUGAAGUUAAUGGGGCUGCUGAACUCAUUGGCGCAGCCACUGGCGCCAUGUGUGGCGCCGCUCCUCUCCCUCGGCACGACUUAGGCACUCCUUCACCAACGAGAGCGGCGGCCAGCAGCCGGAUGAAGCAGCAGCCGCCGGAGUUCGCGAGCGCGGCCCCAAGACCCAGAGUCCGACGAUGAUGAGCGUUGAGGAGCUUCAGCGCCCCGAUUACAGCUGGCCCUUUGUGGAUAUUGCGUAGAGCAAAACUCUAUUUGGCUUGUGGAGGCCACAUGUUGUAAGCUAUUUGGCUUGUGGAGGCCACAUGUUGUGAAUCAGAAUCAGAAACGUCGCGAAUGAGAAUCAGAAUCAUGGUGAAUCUGAAUCGGGCUACGGUAGUAAAAAGAUCGCGAAUGAAGCGAAGAAAAUUGAAAGGACCGGGCCAAGAAAGUAGGCAAAAAAAAAGGCCAAAGCGAAGCCACACGCGCUGCCGGGUGCCGCAUUUCUGUAAAGGGAGGAAAAAUGCCGAGGCCUUCGCAUUUUUUUCUUUGGGGAAAAAACCUGAGAGCUUUUGCAUUUUUUUCCUUCAGGGAAAAACCUAAAAAAGUUCGCGCGAUUUUCUAUUACAAAAAAACCAAAAAAGCUGCGCGCGAUUUUCUACUACAAAAAAACCAAAAAAGUUGCGCGCGAUUUUCUACUACAAAAAAAGAAACCCAAAAAAGUUGCGCGGGAAUCCCCCCUCGAAAAAAACCAAAACCGAAGACGGGCCAUUUUCUCUGCCUUUCCCCGAUGGCAUGAGGCCGAUCAGGCCGGCGAUUUUUCACAUUUCUGGCCUUUAGAAAAUCGCGCGCAGCUUUUUGGGUUUUUUUGUAAUAGAAAAUCGCGCGCAACUUUUUUGGUUUUUUUGUAAUAGAAAAUCGCGCGCAGCUUUUUUGGGUUUUUUCUAGAAGAAAAUCGCGCGAACUUUUUUAGGUUUUUCCCUGAAGGAAAAAAAUGCAAAAGCUUUCAGGUUUUUUUCUGAAGGAGAAAAAUGCAAAAGCCGCGAAAUUUUUUCCCCAAUAGCAGAAAUGGCGCCACGGUUUUCCGCGUUUCGGCUUUUUCUGGUGUUGCUUUUUUGCGGGUUUCGCAGUGCCCUUGCUGGUUUUUUUUCAGCUUUUCAGGAUGCCCCUCAUUCGUCUCAUAUAUUCGGCAAGAAUUGCCGCGCGGAUCAAGUUCAUAACGAUCGCCACAGCGACCCGAGAGUAAGGGAACCGAUGGCAAAUCCGUCCGAGAUUGAUGCGACCGAUCUCGGGCGCGGGCCGUUGCGCCGUGGCGAACGAGUCCGACCCUGUGAAAAAGAUGCCUUUGCGUGAAGGCUGCAAAGGCUCAAAAUUUCUGCGAAACUGCGAAGAAGAUCCGCGGCGCGGCAGUAUUGCCGUCUUUUCCGGUGUUAUGUUGCAAGGCCGCGGCAUCUCCAGAGCAGUUGCGGAGUGAUCUACAGAGCAGGCCCAGAGCGCUCCUCGCGCUUUUGAUAUCUCGGAUGGAUGUCCUGCAGAGCACGCCCAGGCCGAUUGCUAAGACUGGGCACGUGAAUACUGUCGGCCGGUCCGACGGAGGGGGGCCGGAAUGGGCGGCCGGCGCUUCGGGCAGUUCUUCGGGAUUUGGGCGCGGCCAGUGAGCACGCAGCGAACGAAGGGGCGAAGAACUGUGGCGGGCGGAGAGUCCGGCGCAGGGUUGUGCAGGUUUUUGCGGGUAAAGAGUAGGGCUGUGGAAGCCCGGCCGGCCCGGCCGCCGGGCUCAGGAUGUUUGUAGAAGCUUCGCGCGCCGCAGCUGUCGCGUGCGACCUUGGCCGGCGACACCUACCGCACUGCUUUGAUGGUAGGCGGCCCGGUGUGUGCCUUUGCAGGGGCAGGCCGCUGGCCCGGCGCGCUACCUAGCUGGGCACCCAAGGCAAGGCCGCCGAUUGGGGGGCCUGGGGAGGGUUGGGCCCGGUUUUUCUUUCUUCAGGGAAAUCGUAUUGGGGGGAAGAAGCCAGGGCCCCUCUCGGUUUUCCCCAAGGAAACCUGCUUGGCGUGUUUCUUACAAGCGCACAAGCAAAGGCGCGCCGGCGCGCUGGUUUGUAUUUUCGCAGAAAGAAACUAGGAAACACGGCCCGCGCAACAGACGCAGGCCGCGGCGCGUGCUCGGACGGGCGGGCCGCACUGUGUGGGCCGCGCGCUCGCAUGCGCGCCCUGUCAGCCGGCCACCAGCCGUCGCACGGAUUGCCAGCCGGCCACCAGCUUUGCGCGCUGGGCGACCACCUUUGUCCUAACCAGCGCGCAACACCCUCCGAGGGGCGCUCCCCGUUUUUCCGAACCGUGGCGCCAUCGUGUCACGCGUGUGACGCGAGCGGCAUGCGCUUCAGUUUUGCAGCGUGGUGGCGUAGGGCGCGCGCCCCGGGGGUUCGCCGGGUCUGUGGUUUUGGGUCUAUAUCUAUUGCCCGCGCCCAAUCUUCGCGCCGGCCGGCGGUCCGCCAAUGUAGGUCGUCCAGGACGGCGCAGAUAAUUCCCGUGGCCCGUCAUUCCGCUGCUAUGGCGUGCCCAUCGUGUCGCGCAUCAGUGAUGUGCGACGUAUAAAUGCGACCAAGGCGAUGACUCCGAUGCGCGGCGAUAUAUGCAAAGUCGGGACAUUUCUGAGCAGAUUCCUGGAGCAUUCCUGAGGCAUUUCCAGACCCCCUCUGAUCACGGGCGGUCCGUGCGUAAGCUUCUCCUAAAAGCCAACGAGCAGAAUUCUCUCCCCAUCGAGCGCUGCAUUUUGCAACCGGAAACUCCAAGAAAGUGCGUCUUUGAAAGAAUCUACUUUUCAAGGGCCAACGACCCGGACAUCUACAGAGAGCGGCUCGCUCUCGGUCGGGAGCUAGCCGCGCCGGUCCUGGACUCCAUCGCGAACUGCUGGGAAACUUCGGUUUUGAAUUUCGUUCCCAACACGGCCGAAAUCGCUUUGACCGGUUUGUCGAUCGAGAUUAACAACUUGAUCUGGCAGCGGAUGAAGUCUUCUAGUCCAACCAACGCGGAAUUCGGGUUCAACUUCUCGAGCAACACAGCAUCGAAUGCGACAAACAGCUCCAAUUCCAUCAACCAACGACAGCAGUGCCAGAUCCCGGUGGAAAAACUGAUUUUCAAGGACGCGAAGCUCCGAACGUUCAUCAGCAAAGACGAGGGCAGGUGUCAACUCGCAUCUACCGCGUAUGAGAUGACGCCGGGGAUCGUGAAACGGGGGGAGACGACUUUAGUGACGAUCGACGAUAGUAUUGUCCGCGGGACUACGCUGAAGAUGUCGAUGAUCCCGAGAUUAGACGCGUUGCAGCCGAAGAGGAUUUUAUUCGUGUCUUCCGCACCGCAAAUCCGGUUCCCGGAUUGCUACGGGAUUGACAUGAGCAGACUGGACAAUCUAGUCGCGUUCCGGGCGGCAGUGGAACUGUUGAAAGAUAAGAAAAUGGAGCACGUUUUGGAGGAAACCUACCGGAAAUGCGUCGAGACGCUCCGGUCGACUGAAGAGGAGAUCUACAAUCAAAACAGCAGCUUUUACCAACAACAGAUUUCCGGCGGCAGCUUUUACAAUCACGUGAAGGACAUUUAUUCUCCGUUUAGCGAAGAGGAAAUAUCCGCGAAGAUCGCGGAACUCGUCACGGACAAGGAUAUCAAAACGCCAGUCACCAUGCUGUACCAAACGGUCGAGGGCAUGCGCCGCGCGAUUCCGGACUCGACCGGCGAUUGGGUCUUUACCGGCGAUUUCCCGACGAUUGGGGGGAUUAGAUGUAGUUUGCAAGCGUUCGUGAACUUCUACGAGGGGAGGCAGACAAGGUCUUACUCGACCCGCGGGUCGGAGCGGGAGCAGGUGGUGGUGAUUGGGUCUGGAGGGAGGGAGCACGCUUUAGCCUGGCGCUUGUCCCAGUCGAAGCAGGUGAAGAAGGUUUAUGUCAUUCCGGGGAACGGAGGAAGCGGUCGGAAGAUUCUCAACGUAGGAUCUGAUGUUCCGAUCAACAGCAAAACCGACUUCCAGGAAUUGCGGGAUUUCUGCAAGCAAAAGCAAAUCUCUUUGGUCGUCGUUGGCCCGGAGCAACCUUUGGUUGAUGGCAUUACGGAUUCAUUGACGAAAGAGAAAAUCCUAGUUUUCGGUCCGACGAAGAAGGGCGUGAUACUCGAGGAAUCCAAAGCGUGGUCGAAAGAUUUCAUGAAGCGGUGGAACAUUCUAUCCAGAGUUUUUCCCGUACACGUAAACGUUAUCACGGGCGCUCCUGGAUGGCGAUGGGACCCAAUCUGAAAUUAUCUCCGAUUUUUUUAAGAUUUUUUUUUUCAAAAAAAAAUUUUGCUUCGAUAAAAUGCUGCACGCCCGCCCUGCCAAAGCCGGGGAGCCUUUGCUUGGCGCGGCGGCGGUAUUCCCCGCGAGGCGCAUCGCCUGUUCUAGCGCAUAGAGCCCGCGCGAUUGCGCGGCGUCCUAAGGCACAGGCGGCAUGACACGCUGCGCGCUGCUUCCCUGCACUAUGCUGCGCGAGCUCUAGGUGUCACGCCCCGGCCCCCAUUCUCCCUAGCGGUUUUUAAGUUGCCCGCGCCGGCCCUGCGAGCGGGCGUCCCGCCUAGGUGGGCGCCGCUGAUACCCUGAGGGCAACGCAACAUUGGGCACGCACCUGCUGCGCGCACCCUGACGGAGCCCUAAGUAGCCGCCUCGGGCAUCUUGAUUGUCCCUCUUUUUCCCCCUCCUUAUCCGCAGACCAAAAGGUCUAGAAGGAAAAAGCUAUUUUGAAGAGCCGAAAAAAGAUAUUUUGGGAAGCCAAAAAAAGAUAUUUUCGGAAGCCGAAAAAAGAUAUUUUGGGCGACGCCUUUUUGGCCAGAAAGUGUCGCGGAAAGCUCCGCGGAAGUAUCUCGGAAUAUUUCCAGAAAUAUCUCCCGAAAUAUCUCCAUAGCAUCGGCGCUAAAAUAACUUUUGAGAUAGUUUUUUUUGCUUUCCUCGUCGCUCGCGGAGAUAUUUCGGGAAAAUCCGGAGAUAUUUUGGGAGACGAAAAAAAGAUAUUUCGGAAGCCAAAAAAAAGAUAUUUCGGAAACAAAAAAAAAGCUAUUUUUGGCCUUCGUCUUUGUUGUCCGUCUUUGCUAGAAGAAAACCCCCCGAUUUGUGAAGGCGCGAACCCACCAACCCACCCACAGACAAAGGCCGGGGGCUGAUCGCUUGUCGCUUCCUUCUCAAAAGAUGCGGCGCCGCCUUCUCAAAGCAAUGAGGGGCCACUGCAUGGGCACCCACAUGAAAAGCCCUAGGCAAUGGCAGGCUUUUGGGCCUCUUCGAGAGGAUGCGUGAGCAGGCUGCGGCAAGCUCUUGGGCGCCUAAGGUCCGGCGACCUGUGAUCUAGCGGCUGUGAUCGAGUGAAGAGCCGCGCGAAACAUCCUGCCGACGCCCGCGGUGUGGCCGUGGGUUAGGGAGCGAGGGCCGGGAACAUUCAGGCCCAGAGCACGCCCCACUGCGCUAAUAGAUGCUGGAGAGGGCACAAAGCCGGCUGCCUCCAAAGGGGCAAAAAAAAAAUUUUCAAAAAAAAUAUCAAAAAAACGGACGAAAUCCGGACGAAAUUUUUCAUCAGCUGCGCCGAUUGUCCAGUAAAGAUGCUGUUUCUGCAUCACAAAACUUUCCCUCAACAUUCUUCGUUAGCUUGACAAGUUCAGAUGAAGUUCUUGGAAACUCCAAAGUGGCGGAAUUUGUCAUGCAUUUUGUACAUGUGCGGAAAAUUUGCAUUGCAUACAUUCCAACAGCGGAAUACGAGAUUUUCCGACGGAAAGAAGGAGAAGAAGGUCUGGAACACGGGAAGAACUACAUCGACAAACACUGGCCAGUAGUAGUGAAGGCAUCUGGCCUAGCCGCGGGGAAGGGAGCGAUCGUGCCGAAAUCAGUUGAGGAGGCGAAGGAGGCGCUGACUGGGAUGUUGAUGAAGAACGAUUUCGGCUCUGCGGGGGAAGAAGUCGUGGUGGAGAAGAUGCUGCCGGGAAGGGAAUUAUCAGUCCUAGCUCUCUCCGAUGGCAAAAACAUCAAAAUCUUACCAUUAGCGCAGGAUCACAAGCGCGCCUUCGACAACGACGAGGGGCCGAACACUGGCGGCAUGGGGGCGUUUGCGCCCGUGAACGACAUCUCUUCGGGUUUAUUAGAGCGGAUUAAACAGACCUGCUUAACCCCCUGCGUCGACGGGAUGCGGGAGGAGGGGAGGCCGUUUGUAGGGGUUUUGUUCGCGGGCUUGAUGUUGUCGGGGGAUUUGCAGGACGAAAGCAAAACGGUUAUCAACGUCUUGGAGUACAUAUGAACUGGAAAAGUAUCGUACUAGUAUAAAUCGCAUUACAAAUUCCCCCAGCAUUACAAAUUGCAUUUGUAAUGCUGGUUUACCUUGAGAAUCGGAUUUGUAAUGCAUAAACGCAAUUACUACGAGUACGAUACUUUUGCACGGGAUAUUACAACUGCCGAUUCGGGGAUCCGGAAACGCAGGCGGUGAUGUAUUGUGAGGAAAAAUCCCCCCUCCCCAUAGCGAAAGCGGAAUUUGUGUUGCUGUAUUUGAGUACACAAAUCACAUCUGUCUUGCUAGAGUGGACUGCAGACCCAUAUCAAGCCUGAGCAGAGAUGCUUUGACUUAGGCGCUUAGCAUGAGAAGCGUCCGUGAUGUUGGCUCAACAGCAUGACAAACCGCCUCCAUAAUGGGACGGAAGCUGCUGCCCUUGUCUUCUUGCAACACAAACGUGAUUUGUGACCUCAAAUCAGCAACACAAAUUUUCGAAAGCCUACCCCUUCAAUAUGGGGAGGGAGGAUUUUUCCUUGCGAUAUGAUGCCGCUAUUAGAAGGGGAUUUCUACCAGGCGUUGGUUCUCUGCUGCCAGGGACGCCUGGAUCAGGCGGCGUUGGUGGUUGCGAAGGGGUACUGCGUGUCCGUUGUCGUCGCGUCCGGCGGGUAUCCGAAUAGUUACGAGAAAAACAAAACGAUUUCCGGGUUGGAGAAGUUGACGUCGAUGCCGUCCAUCUGGACCUUCCAUGCCGGGACGAAAGUGGUGUCAACGUCGAAUGGAUCUACUUCCGGCUCCGCUUCCACCACGGCAUCGGAAGCCGCGGUUAGCCGGGAAAACUCGAAACAGAGCAACACCAGUCCCAACGCGUCUCCGACCACAUUUUCCUCUUCUGUGAACACCCACCAGAACAAGCAGAAGAACACGGAGACUGUGACGUCCGGCGGCAGGGUUUUAGCCGUUUCUGCUCUUGGCCGCACUUUAGAACAUGCUAUCAAACUCGCGUAUCUCGGGGUGGAGCAAGUGCAAUUCGAAAACGCUUUCUACCGGUCCGAUAUCGCUGCCAUGGGCACGAGGCAGCACCGGUUCAUCACACCAUCUUGCGGAAGUAGCUCCUCUGGAGCUUCUUCUAGCAGUUCCGGUGCGAAUCAGCAACAGAAAUUGACCUACAAAGCGGCGGGGGUCGAUAUCGACGCCGGGAAUGCGUUGGUUGAAAACAUCAAACCGUUUUUGAAGCAGACGGCAAUAUCAAAUGUAAAAAUGUCUGGGUCUGGAAACUUGUGAUGCUGGGUGGCGCAUGAUGGGGAGGCCACAAAUGCUGGCUCAGCAUGACAAGUUUCUGAGCUUCUAGGUGUUGCCUAUUCUGCAUGACAAACUGCGUUCCUGCAUCACAGAAAAUGAAAAGCGGAGCUCUUGCGUAACGUGCAUGACAGAUUUAAGAGUCAUGCCAGACAAACAUGACAAACAUGAAUUCUUCCAGACCCAGACAUUUUUACAUUUGAUAGGCAAGACCGGGCUGCGAAUUCGGCAAGGAAUUAUCCUUUGGCGGCUUCUGCGAUUUGAAAUCGGUGAACUACAAGGACCCAGUCCUAGUUUCCGGGACGGAUGGGGUGGGGACGAAGUUACUCAUCGCGAACAAUCUGAACAAGCACGGCACGAUCGGCAUUGAUUUGGUCGCGAUGUGUGUCAACGACUGCUUGGUUCACGGUGCGGAACCGCUGUAUUUCCUAGAUUACUUCGCUAUCCUGAGUAAAAACGUCCCCACACCAGAGUCAGGAUGGGGAUUUUGCAACACAAACCUAGGAGUUUUGUGAGUCACGCAUGACAAGUUGCACUCCGCAGUGUAGUGCAGGUCAGCAAGUGCAGCCGCAUCGCAGAUUCAUCUGCUCAUCCUGUUCACAGCAUCACAAAUUCCAAAACACGAUUGGAAAUGGCUCUCAUGGGGAUGCGCAUUACAAGUCUUCCUGUCUUUGCAAAUCUGCAUUACAACUCUGGCGUGGGGACGUUUUUACUCAGGAUAUUCGCGACCGGGAAGUUAUCCGUCGAGCAAGCGACGGAAGUGAUCAAGGGGGUGACGAUCGGGCAUGAAUUGCAAAAAUGUCUGGGUCUGGAAGAUUCCAACUUGUCAUGGUAAAUCUGAAGCAUGCGAAAAUCUGUGUUGCAUGAGUGCCAAAAGCUGUACACUUCUGACCAAGUUGGAGGGGAGUUUCUCAUGCAGGAUAGGCAUGGCAGAGACCUCGCAGAGUCUGUCAUGCUAAGUCCCGCACUCCAGACCUCAUGGGCCAUGGAAAAUCUGCAUGACAAGCCUACACUUUUCCAAACCCAGACACUUUUACAUUUGAUAUCGGGUGUAAGCAGGCGAACUGCGCAUUGAUCGGCGGGGAGACGGCGGAGAUGCCGGGGUUGUACAGUCCUGGGGAAUACGACGUCGCUGGGUUUUCCGUCGGGAUUGUGGAGAGGAGUAAGAUUCUGCCGAGAACGAGCGAACUCAAACCGGGGGUUUGCAUUUUAGGCUUGGGCUCGUCCGGCGUCCACAGCAACGGAUUAUCGUUAGCACGGAAAAUCGUGUCUUCCACUUUGAACCCGGAGACCGCGAAACCGUUCACGUUCCAGGACCCAGCGCCCUUCGACCCCUUGAUGUCACUGGGCGAUUACUUGCUGUUACCGACAAAAAUCUACGUGAAGCAACUGCUGAAACUCAUGCAGGAGGAGAAAAUUCUGGCCGCGGCGCACAUCACCGGCGGGGGUCUGUUGGAGAACAUCCCGAGAAUUCUACCGGACAACAUUGACGCGAAACUCUCCGCGGCGAACUGGACUUUACCCCCGAUUCUGCACUGGCUGUUCUCCUCCGGCGGGUUGGACCCCAUGGAAAUGGCGCGGACGUUCAAUUGCGGAUAUGCAUUGCAAAAGUAUCGCACUUUGUGCAAAUAGCAUCACAAAUUUCGGAAAGAAGAUGAAAACUUGAAGUAGAAGAAAUAGAAUUUGUAAUGUCGUUUCAGGUUCGGAAAGAGUUUUGACAUGCAUGACUGCAAAAAUUACUACAAUGAGUGCGAUAUUACUCUUGCAAUGCAUAUCGGCAUUGGGAUGGCGAUCUUCGUGAAGCCGGAGGACGUGGACUACGUGAAACUGACUUUGAAAAACGAAUUUAACGAGAGUGUUUUUGACAUCGGGAAAUUGGAAGAAGGAUGCGGCGAGGUGCGGUUGCAGGACGCGGAAUUGGCGUGGCAAAAUGAGAAAGGCGUUGAUGUAGGGAACACAUCGACGAUGGUUUCCCCGGACAUGGGCUUCGUGGGGGCGUGA